AUUAUGUGAGGAAGCAUUUGCGCAGACAGUUCGUAGCGUUUGUAUGUGCAUUACACCUGUUGUAUUAAUGUUGGUGACACUGCAAAUGACAUGUGUGCAAUGUUACAACUAAAAUAAAUGGCGGUAUUUAGAAGUUAGUGGAGCUAUGACACUUGUUUGUGUAGGUGACAACGAUUUUCACAUGUGUCAUCCCGAAAAUAGUCGUCUCUGGCAGAAAUCAUCAGUUGCUGUUGCAUCAUGUCAGCUGCUAAAGACAUUUACAAUUUUAGUGCAAUACAAAAGAGAGGGAACACAGAGAGUAUCACACCUCAUAAAGUAGCCGUCGUGCUUCUGGUACGGGAGUUCUGUCUGCUGAAAGUAAAAGCCCGACCAGAGAGACUGAUGGAUGAAGGCAACUUUUACUCAGUGAAACCAUCCCACCGGAGAGACUUCUGCAUGUUAAUACUGAAACUGAUCCAGGGUCCUGAUCUGGAGCUGAAGGUUUUCAAAAAGCUACUCACAGAGGGGAGAUACUCACUACUUCCUUCACUUUAUCGGAGCUUUGAAAAUGAAUUACUGGAAAUUUACAAGAAGGGAGUUGGUAGCAUAUUAGAUUUAAUAAGUAGUGUAGGUCGGUUGAUGCUAGAACCUUCUGUUAUGAUGCCAAUUGUGAACAAGAGCAGUGUAAUUGGGCUUUACUUGAGACGCAUCAUAUUGCACUUUGAGAAACUUUCAUUCUCCCAGGUUGUAUCAGUCUACCAGGUGUUCAAGGAGUAUUGUCAAGAAGCAUUUUCUGGCCGACUGACUGUAGAAAGUAUAGACAGCUCUGUCUCUUGUCAGACAACUUUUGAUACUCCUGUGACCCCUCUUGGUACAAAAGGACCUAGAGCAAAUUUUGAGGACAUAAGCCUCAAGGAUAUUGGGUUCAUGAACAGUGUUUACUGGUCACGCAGACAAGCUGAGCUCUUCAUUGCACAGCAGGCAUCACUUAUGCAGAAUAAUGAGACAGCAGCACUUUCCCCAUCUCGCCUGCAGGAACAGAUUAGAAAGCUACUGCAGACUAAUCCAGACUAUGCAGAAGCGCAUUAUUUGAGUUACCUGAACUGUGCCCGAGUGAAUGAAUUUUGUGGAGCUGUUGAUAGUUUGUUUCAUUGCUUUGACAGAAAUACCAAUACAAAUGAUAGCAAAACAAAUAAUCAAGAUGAGAAAAACAGAGGAUUCAGAUUUGCUGCUCUGAAUUUAACCAUACUCUACGCACACUUUGGCUAUAGGAAAGAGGCACUGUCAGCACUAAAGGAAGCAAUUAUGUUAGCCCAGGAGGCUAAUGAUAAUAUUUGUCUACAACAUGCUCUUGCAUGGCUCUACAAUUUGAGUGAUGAAAAUAAGGAUAUUUUAAUAGCACGAUCUAUAGCAAAAAGUAGUGACUUGUCUCUGAGUUACCUAACAUCACUUGGCAUCCAGUCAUUUGCCCAAUAUGCAGCAGUCACUGCUGGGAAACCCUCUUUGGUUUUUGAACUGCUCAUGAAAAGUGAUGUCCUGAACUAUCAACAUUCAAUCAUUGAUUUAAUAGCAAACAGCUAUGCACAGAAAGCUGGACUUUGGUGUCUUUAUGGUAAAACUGAAAUGACACUAAUUUCAAGCCAGCUUCUUUUACAUCUGAAUAUGUCUCAUCCAGCCCAAGGCGUUCAGUCUUACAGUGGUGAAGGCACAUGUUUGGCAGUCUGCAAUGUCAUAAAUUUUCUCACAGAACAGGGAGAGUAUAAUGUUGCAACAUUACUACUGGAUUUUGCCCGUGAAAAUUUUCCGCAUGAGCCAAUAUCUCACGCAUGGAUAUUUUCAGAACAAAUUUUAACUUUCACACGAGCAAUGCACACAGGGAAAUGGCAAGAAGCUGAGCAGGCUGUUUCUCAAUUAGAAGCAGUAAAUAAAUGGGAAAGCAGACUAAGGAGGGCAGAACUCUUAGUUGCAAGAGGAGAUCUGCCAACAGCUAGCAGAUGGUUGUCACACGUUUUAGAACAACCGCUACUAACAUCAGACUUUGAUGAGCCUCGUAGCUGCCCUGCACUCAAAGUUCGUGCAUUGAUACUGGCUGCUGAGCUGCAGCCACCAGCAACAGCACUUUCUCUGUUGUCUCAAGCAGCUACAUCUGCACAAGUGCACUACCUGUCAUAUCACUCUGCAAUCAUUGCUUUGCAUCUCGCUAAUCUUCAGUUGCAGAUGGCUUUGCCUUCUUUGGCACUUAAAUUAAUUGAUGAAGCACUACCAGUCGUUGUUGCUCACGGAGGUUGUUAUGACCAAGCCAGGGGUCUUCUGCUACAUGCCAAAUGUAAAAUAGCUUCAGCAGCCUCAAAGCCUCCUAGUGCACGGGAAGCUAUCCUUAACAAUGCAUUACAACAGCUACAUAAAGCACAAAAUGGAUUUUUCAAAAUAGAAGCAUACUCACGGAUGAAGGAUGUUGUAUAUCUGAAAGCCUUGCUGUAUAAUGAACUAGGUUAUGUUUCUGAAAGAAAAAAGUGUGCUCUCCAGUUCAGACAGCUGGAUGAACAGUAUCCAACAAAAGUUGCUACAACAUUGUUAACAAGACUGUAGUAGUUGUUAUAAAAUGUGGAGUGAUAGAGAUAUACAGUGCCAACUUGGGAAAUAUAAUGAAAAAAAAGCACACUAGCAGGAUCAGUUGUGGAAAGUGUAACAUAUUUUCUUCCCAUCUUUGCACUACUCAUCUUCCUUUUAUGCACUACGUUGUUACAUAGAAACGUUUUUAACGUAAAUAUGUCACUUUACAAGUGUGUAAAUGUAUGUAAAUGAGACACAUCAUUGAAUGUAUUGUUAUAUUGGUGCCUUAACUUUGCUAAACAAAUAUGACUGUCAUUAUAUGAAAACUAUGUAAGUAAGUAUUAGAAUUUAUGGUUUGUGAAGUAGAGAUCAUAAUGAUGAAACAGAGAUGGCUUGUAAAAUUUGUUUCUUACAGAAGUUCAUAAGUCCUGGUAAUCUUUUAAAUUCAUUCAGUUCUCUCUCUCUCUCUCUCUAUCUCUCUCUCUCUCUCUCUCUCUCUCUCUCUCUCUGUCUGUCUGUCUGUCUCUGUGUGUGUGUGAGUUGAAGUGCAUAGAGAUCAAUUAUUCAUCAGUAAAACUAUGCAUACUACUGUGUAUCAUUGAUAAUGUACGCCUUACACAUGAAAUAAAAACAAACCUGGGAUAGAACUGAGCAGGAUAGAACAAAAUUUUGAGAGCGAAGACUAAAGUGAGUAUUACUGUUGUCAACAGCAAGGUACCGUGAGUGAAUAGAAUAAGUUUGUUUCCAAACAACACAAAGUGUACAUCAUUGCAUUUGCACGGUUGCACAGGUAUUUUCAGUGCAGUGUAGAUACAACAAUAUAAAUCAAGGUAAGAAAGCUCUCAUAAUGCCAUAGCUCUGUAAUGAGCCACCAGAGACCACAGGCCCUUGUAGUAAAAUACUCAGAAAAUACCUCUGAACAAACUCCAAAAUUUUGAUAGUGGAGUUUAAAAUUGCAAAGUUUGUGUUUACCCUGCUUACACCCAUUGUGCAUAUGAAGUGAAAAUGUGAUUUAUGUGAGAGCGCUUCAGCGGUGUGUGCUGUAUCUCCAACAGUGAAAGCACAAUGUGGUUUGUGUUGACUGUUCAGUCUAUAAAGAUGCCUCGUAGAACCAUUUCAAACCUAGCCCAUGCACUCAUUGCCACUUAAUGGCAAAAGAAGCUUGUCAGUAUAGGAAGUUGGUCACUGAAUCUGCAUACUUUACAGCAAUGAAAUUUGAACCUUAAGCCACAAUUGAUAGAGAAAAAAUACCAAAGGUCUGGUUAGUACUGAUCAACUGCAGACAACAGUAUCAGCUCGAUGAUCACAACCCGUAAACUGUGGCUUGUAAGUACCCCAAGCAGAAUGUAACAUGUUGUGUACUGCUCUUUUCUCAGACAAUUGUAUGGCUGUUUUGACCAAGACAGUAUGCAACCGUUUCCACACAAUCAAUUUGACUUCCAGCUGUUCAUUAUAAAAACCAGUACGACCCCCCCCCCUCCCUCCCUCCCAAACCUGUGGUGCGUGAAAGAGGAACACAAGUGAACACUUGUAAGGAUUCCUUUCUGCCCCACCAGCGAGUGCAGGAUUGUUGUAGCGGUGAACUUCUCACGAAAGUAUUCCCAUGGAUCAGGAGGUCAGUCACUCCUGUUCUGGGCUUGUGAGGAUCCUAUAUCAUCACAUGUCAAGGUUUUUUUUGCUAUUAUCAGUAACAUUUCAGGGUAAAUUUAUCAGUCUGGUUGGUUGCAGUGACUACGUUAUAGCUACCUCUGGUUAUGUUGAUGUAGGACUUCAAAGUAAUCGCUACCCGCUGAAAAUGUUUUGAAUAAACUCUGAUUGUUGUGGCUGAGUGUUUGCUCUUAGUUUGGUGGUAGGCAGCUGGCUGUCUGCGG